GUUGGCGGCGACAUUUUUAAACGCGUUAACCUCGUUUCGUAAGACCAAGAUUUUAUGGUUUAACGCGGCGAUGAUUUUCGCGAUGUCAUUCAGGCUCGCUCCUUCGUCACGAGCAUGACAGUAACAGCGGCCGGGUCUCGCCGCCUUCCCGUGCACUGGCAUUUCUCGGUCUUCUUGUUCGGCAGCAUCGUUUACCCGGCGAUUAUCGGAACUGGUUAAUUUAAAUCGGCCGCUGUUCGAAACUGCGCGAAACUUCCUGAAAAGGUUACAAUUUGUCUCCCCGAACGAGCGACACCGUGCACCGCGAUACGAAGUAACGCCACGAUCGCAAGCGACUCAUCUGUUUCUUCGAUAACCGAAGGAGGUCGUAAGGUUGCCGACCGCGCGCACACAUUUUUCCUUUUUUUUUUUGACCAAAGAAACACGUCACGUGUUUCGUUUAGCCAUGGCCGAGAAGUACAUGAAGGAGAUCAUGGACAAACUGGAGGAGAUCGAGAAACUGCACGCGAAACUGCGGAGCAUGGUUCCGCGGAUGAAGAAUCACGAGACCGGAAGUAGUAGCGCGAGCGACGAUCGCGAAACCUCAAAACCCAAAAAGAAGAAGGACCCCGCGGCGGAGAGAGAGAAGGAGAGGAAAACUUCGUGGAAGCAGAAGGUAUCGCAGACGGGCAUCGAGAUGGAAAAAGUGCAAGGCUCUCGGGGUUCGAAAUACUUGAAGAAGUUGCGAAACAGCUCGGCGAGCCACGUCGCCGACGCGACAAAGAGAAUCAAGAAUUUCCUGGCCGGCCUGUUCGAACGUGACAUAAUUUUCGUGAGCAGGGCCGCGCAAACGUCGGACAGCGGUGUGUCGGAGGCAACGAUGAGCGGCGCGGUGUCGACAGGAAAUGAGAAUAACGAGUUCCCGUGGAAGGAGAUGCGCUAUAAGAAAAACCGUGUGUCGGCUCCGGAGCAGUUAAAACGUUUACUAGAGCAUUUUAAUUAUGCCCGUGACUCGAGUCCCCGUAUAGGGAGCGGAGCGUCGAUUCACGAUGAUAACUCGGGUAUCCGUGAACCGCGCAGGGUGCGGAAACGAUCGACGUUGCUUCCGGCCGAGGAAGAGACGUCGAGGAUCCUAUCAGCUGCUAGAACGGUUCCGAUCGACGACACCGAGAGAAAUUCCGAUCUGGCCAGUCAAGUGCGUGAUUUCGUGAGAAAGUAUAGCUCGCAGUUGCGCUAGUUCGCAUUCCAUCGCCGGUUUAUAUUAUAAUAAACAUUCCGAUGCGAACGUUUGGUAAUUCGUUUGUGGAAAUUAAAUUAAAAAAAAAAAGAAA